AUGGCGGACGUCACCGCCGUGGAGAAGGAGCAGGACAUAAACGGAUGGUAUGAGAUUGAGGAGACACUAACAGCACUAGAUCUUCCACCCGUUCCUCCUACAUCCGACCCACAGCGACUGCUAGGCUAUGUGCUGCACAUUCUUCCUCGCUACACCGAGAUGGAGAUGCUGGCAACGCAUUUGUGGCUUUACGCAUCGACUUUAGAGAAGGACAUGGAGCAGGUUAAGAGUCAUAUACGUUUAUUGACACGCGAGGCGACGGGUGAGCGAGAGAAGAAGCGGUUCCUCGAGCGAUAUGCGGCGCAGGUGGUUAAGGAGCGCAACGACCUACUGCAUUCGAGAGGAUCUUCCAAGAAAAAAACAGCAACAUCCUCACACUUUGUAUGGCACAGUUGCUGCAAGAAGAAUGCACACCAUGCAAUGGACUUGGCCCCGUCAAUUGUGGCUUUUCGAGGAGAGAAGCUACAGGAAGCGACGAAGCAGGUUGAAUCUCUGCAGGACGAAGUGCACAACCAUGAACUGCUGCGAAGAGAGCUCGACUUUCUGCUCAAGAAGACUCAACGCGAACAUGACAGUAAAGUAGCGGCGGAUUGCAAACACAUUCAACAGUUGGAGAAACAAAUUCUGCAGCGCUCGUCUCUACACUCGAAUCUGGAAAGAAAGCUGUACGAAGUCGAGUCGAUGCUUGCUCGGCAUGAAGGAUCCAAGGAAGAGGAGCUGGGUAUAGUCUGCAAUCGUAUGAAAGAGGCGAAAGCUCGUAUUGAUAAGUUGGAAAAGGAAAAUAGUAGGUUGCAAGAGCAGUUGAAAACGUUUGAUGACGAUAGAGAUCGGUUGAAGGUGUUGCUCGAAGAAACAACAGAGUCCAAGAAUGUCUUUGCGAAGAAUAUUGACACGUUGUCCGAGAAAUGUCACUCUCUAGAGUCUGAGGUAGAAUCCUUGCGAUCCGAGAUUAAAAUGUUGCAAAGCACGGAUAUCAAUGACAUUCGCGCACAGUACGCUACCAGGAUAAAUCGGCUGCAGAAGGACAGUGCUGUGAGUAAGGAAAAUUUGCGCCAAGAGAUCGACCGUCUGAAGCAGGAUUUGAAAAAGCGCGAUGAAUCACCAACACAGGAAGUAAGUGUGACGAUUCCAAAUGGAGUGAUGGUAUCUUUGACGAUGAUCGUCAAUUGGAUGAGUGAUGGAAUGCGGUCCUCUUUUCCAAGAAAUGAGUUAUCAGAGUCGGAUGAAUCUUUUGGCUCAUCAUCUUUGAGUGGGGAAAGCCGGUUGAACCAAGUUGAUGCUGACAACCACAGUUUUGACAACCAAAGUUUUUCAAUGCAGAGCUACAAGAAACAUUCACCCCGUCAAAGUUACGUCAGUUCUAGCAAACAAGGAUAUUCGAGAGAACUAGAGGCAGUUUCCAGAGAUCUAAGUACGUCGUCCAAAGAUUCCGACGCACAAACUCACGAAAAUGAUCCGGACAUAAAUGCUUCCAAUGAGCCAUUUGACUGGGAGACGUUUAUUGACAACGCUUCUGAGAUAUCUACCUUCCAAGAUGAGCACAGAAAACGCUCCCCUUCAACUAUUGCAAGGCACUUGGACCUUAAUACUAGCAUAAUACGUCACGAUAAUAGCUUCUUGAGAAUGUCCGGUUCCAGGUUGAAAGCGUCAAGUCUGGCUCGUAUGGACACUUUCGUGGGCGAGCAGCAACAAGCUGGCGAAGAAAAUUGUCAUUUCUCCAAUGCAAUUGAUAGUGUAUUGCUUUUCAACCAAAGCCUUGCUGAACCGGAGCUUGAUUGCGACGAGGAAGAAAAGGAGUCUAAUAAGGAUGACUUGCUCGUGGAUAACAAGCAGGAGCAGCGUGACAGUCGAAUUGUGGAUACUAGAGUCAAGCAAGAACAACGUGAAGAAAGCGCUAUGGAGGAAGAGCAUGGUCAAAACAAAUUGGCUCGAGAUUUAUAUCAAAUGCUUAACGGAAUCGAGCAGAAACGCAAAGAGGAGGAGCAAAAGGCCUCACAGGCGGAGCAGGCUUUGCUAGAGUUUCAGCAGUUACAGCAAGGUCUUCAGGCCUUGCAAAUCUCUCCUGUCUUGCCAGAUGAAUCGAGCUGA